CAUACCUCUCUCUUUACCUUCAGACUGUUUAAGAGAUAUAACCUUCUUCCUUCUCCUCCUCCUCCUCCUCUCUCAUAUACUCCUUUGAUUUUUGAUUUUGUGUUUGCCUUUGCUUUUUCUUUUUUUGUCUGCUUCCUUUUUGCUGUUUUCCUGUUUCUUGACGCCCCUUCUUUCGUUGUGUAGUAGCCAUGCCAGGCCUACACAUUCCGGGCAUCCCCACUCGGCCAAACGACAAGGCCGCUAGGAAGCGCAAUGGGCCGGCCUUUACAACCUUCCCCCAUCGCGUGGCCUACAAAGACCCGUUUCUUCCAGCCAUGGAUCUGACAAUGGCAGUGCCCGUGCUCGCACCUCCUGUCGACGAAACGUUAAGCCGGCUAAAUCAGUCCAGUUCGGAGGCGUCACGGUCCACGAAGUCAAUACAUGGAUUAAGCCGGGUGUACAUACCCAGCGAGACCCCACGACAAUCGUCGGCAAAUUGGUUGGCUGGUCUGUCACUCCCCUGGAGGAACCGGAGGACGACGAAGACUGUAAGUAUACGACUUACUGGGGUGGACAAACCUUUGUAGGGUCGCUCGUCUGGAACCCGACAAUCCUUACACGUCGAUCCGGACUCGCCUUGUUUUCGAAGAGUUCAACAGAAGAAGAGAAAAUAUGAGAGGGCACGGACAUUUCCUUCUGUGAUUUGAAGUGCCCUUCUCACCAAAAAAAUUUUAAAAACGAAAAAUCAUCCUAAAGUAUCUCGGACGACAAGUCCACUUCCGUUUUCGCACAUUCUUUUAGUGAUCACACUUAAUAUGCAUGUUCUGCUGUGUUCUGGCCUG